CAUCCCCGACAGUGAAAGGCUCGACGGUAUAUUAAGAGGAGCAAUGAGCAUAGAUGUAUCAGUCGCUCAAGAAACUUCUGUACAGUGAACACAGCUAUAUGCAUAGAAACAUGAAUCAGAUCGUGCUGCUUUCUCUGGUGUCCUUGGCCACGGCCGCGCCAUUGAUCGUGAAACAGGAUCAAAACGACUAUCAACAGUACCAGCUCCAUGGUGGUUUCCAACCGAUCGAAAGAUCCGACCAUGAGAGCCUCGGCUCAUCUUCCGGGGGUGGAAGUUACGGUGGCGAGUACAGCAGCGGUGGCGGCUAUGGCGGCGGCUAUGGCGGCGGUUAUGGCGGUGGUCACGGUGGCGGCGAUUACGGUGGCGGAGAAUACGGCGGUGGUUACGGCGGUGGUUACGGAGGCGGCGAUUUCGGAGGCGGACACGGUGGAGGUCUCGAAGCAUCUUCGGGACACUUGGAAGGUUCCAGUGACCACUUGAGCUCGGAUUAUUCUUCUUAUGGCGGUGGUUACGAGGGCGGUGACGAGGGUGGAGUUUCCCUCGACGGCGGUCACCACAGUGUGGUGCAAAGUGUCCCUGUGUCGGAGCACGUCGAGGUGACGAAGCCUAUACCCAUCAAAGUGAUCAAACACAUCGGGGUACCAGUUCCUCAUAUCGUGAAGAUUGCUGUACCCCAUCCAGUGGCAGUCGGCGUUCCCCAGUCGUAUCCAGUUGCGCAUCCGGUACCAAAAUUGGUACCAGUUCAAGUAGUGAAGACCGUCGCGGUCCCUGUGGAGAAGAAGGUUCCAUUCCCCGUGGAGAAACAUAUUCCGGUGCCUGUCGAGAAGCCGAUUCCCAUCACGAUCGAGAAACACGUGCCAGUGCCGGUCAUCAAACCGUAUCCCAUCAAGAUCCCCGUCUACAAAACCAUCUACCACCACGCGAAAAAGCAUUAGAACGUCGGGAAUCAUUAAACAACGAUCUCGCAAAGACGUUCAUUGCUUCUGCUCAAGGCUCGAAUCAACGUCCAUCGAACAACCCUGAUGGAAUCGAUAUGAAUAUCAAGGGAAAAUGAU